AUGGCUUCCGGUGCUGCGGCAGAGUCCGUGGUGCUUGUCAUCACUGACUGCCCGAACGAGCAACUGAAUGCCUUUUACGAUCACUUCUAUGCUCUGCCUGGGAUACAGCGCGAACGUGACCGCCUGGGUGUCGAAUACAUUGGUGUGCGCCAAGAAUAUGCACCCAAUCCGAGUUACAUUGCCACGGCUAUCCAAGACAUCAUAAGAAAGCCGAGAAUCAGACUCAAAGGAAUAGCUUUGGUUGCUCAUGCGCCCUUUGAUGCCUUCGCUCGAUACUGGAUCACUGAAGUGUUGGCAUGUCUCCCGAAAGUGAAUCCCCCGACUGUCAUGCUCUUUGCAUUCGGCAACCCUGUACUCGAUGCUGGAGGACAAGGUCCAUCGCCGCUGCUCUUGGAUAGUCCUCCCACCAAGGGGUUCUACUUUCGUCCAGUUGACGCUCGCGACAGAAAAUAUGAACAGUGGUUCCAACUGAUCACAGACCAAGGCUCGAGUGCCGGCUUCAACAGCGGACAGCCACAGACACGAGCCUAUCAUACCGGUGACCAAAUCUUCGCAGAGAACGAACCGACCCAAGAUCUGCAAUCAAUUGAAUACAUUGUCAGCAACCGAGUCGAGCACUACUACAACUGCGAGCAACUUUUCUGGGAACCUCAGGCGAGCCAGAGCUCAAUCUCUCCAUUUCAUUCAUCCGUCGAGCGCCUGUCCGACGAUCUGGCCAAAUGCAGUUUGAUUGCUUUCAACAACAACGCCAGUGCCUUCUUCGCCGAUGGUUUCAAGGAAACCCCAAGGCCUCAAGAGAUUCUCAAGUGGUGGAGAUCGGACGACAGCCUGUACCAAGGGCUAGAGGCCAGCGGUGUCAGCCCGGUCGGCGGCGUGUGGAAUAGCAGCGACGUCAACAUCCUGGUCAUGGGCGAGACCGGAGUCGGCAAAUCAACCCUCAUCAAUGCUCUGGCCAACUACAUCACCUUCCCCUCACUCCGAGACGCCUGCAAAGCCAACGAACCCGUAACCCUCAUCCCGGCGAGCUACGUGCUCUGCGAUCCCGUCACCUACCAGGAAACAACCAUCAAAACCAAGAACAUUUCGGUUCCGCUUGCAAGCAAGGAUAUGCAGGCCAGACUUCAACGGAAUGAGUACCAGGUUCCUGGCCAAUCCACAACGCAGGACCCGCAAGCCUACGCAUUCCAAGUGCCAAGCCAGAGCGGCGCCUUGUCCACGAUCCGGGUCAUCGACACUCCCGGCAUGGGUGACAGUCGCGGAAUCGAGACAGACAAGCAGAACAUGAGCAACAUCGUCAAGUAUGUCUCCAAGGUCGGCAUGAUCCACAGCGUCGUGAUUGCCCUGCCGACGAACCAGAGCAAGCUCACUGUCUGGUUCCGCUUCUGCAUCAUGGAGCUGUUCAAGUACCUGGACCGUGACGUUAUCCAGAACAUCGUGUUCCUCUUCACCAAGGCCAGAACGACCUCUUUCCGUGCGGGCGACACGAUUCCAGUCCUCAACGAACUGUUCCGCGAGAUCCAGAGCCAGACUGGAAUCAGCAUCCCUUUGACCGACAAAAACACCUUCCUCAUCGACAACGAAGCCUAUCGCUAUCUCCUUGCGAAAGAUACGAUUAUAUAUGAUUUGGAGGACAUCAAAAAGUUCAACGAGUCGUGGAACCGCUCCGCCUCCGAGUGUCGACGGCUCAUCUCCCUGGCCCAGGGACAGCCUCCUCAAGACUUUAGUAAAACAGCCCAGCUCGAGGUUGUUCGUGAUUUCCUCAACACACAAGUGGAUCCCAUCCUUAAUUACGACGAUCAGAUUGUGCGUGCUACUCGAGAGCGCGACCGACUGGCUACCAUCAUUAAUGAUAUUCAUCGUGAUAUCGACGAAUUGAAGAAACUCAAGUCUGUCUAUAUCAGUCUCGUUCCUGUUUAUCAUCGCAAUGGCGUCAAAGUCUGCAGCCACCCGGAUUGCGUCGAAGUCAAGAUAACCAAGACCGGGUACCAGGACCUGCGCCGUUCCGUUGACAAUCGUUCCCGGGGAUAUCACAACCCACAAGCUCAGCGAACGUGUGUCCACGGCGCAGGAUAUCAAAAAAUGGUCAAUGUCACUUACACAAUCGAGAUGCAACAGGGCGAAGAAAGCAGUGAAAUUGCAAGCCAUAUUGCCCAGCUCGAAAGGACGAUCGAUCAAACUACGCGCGAUAUUGAUAGUCAAAAUGCUAUUGGACGAAGCGUGGAGGAUCAGAAAGCCAAGCAUCUGAAUCUCAUUGCUCUGUGCAGUGCCUUCUUGAGGGACAACAGUAUCGUCCUUCGAAACGAGACCUUGCUUGAUGCCACCGAUUUCCAAAUCAUCAAGCAGGAGGCUUUCAAAAAUGGUGUGCCCAACCAGGAAAGACUCCGCAACCUCGAGCGCCUGAAGCAUGACUACGAUAAUGAGAAGAGACUACUUUCUCAAGCCGGAGCAGCUACCCACCGCGUCCAUGACAUCAAUGAAAUCAGGAACCUCAUGGAGCAGCUCGAGGGCCCUCGCGGUCCAUUCUUGAGCCGAUUCGAUAGGGUAGCGGGCGAGAGACUCGGCGAUCGUGAAGAGGUGCGACUGCUUCAAAACCCGUCUGCCCAGCCUUGGUUACAAUUCGCAAUCAGCAAAUCAAGGUUAUCCCCGGAUGCGUGAAAAUGGAAGCUCGGAUGCCAGUACAGAGAUUCAAAACGCCUAUAAUCCAAGAACAUCUUCUCAGUCGCAACCAGCAGCAUCGGCCUACCAGCAGCCCCGUCCUGGAACCGGAGGGCAACCAUAUCCUGGUGCUUCAGACUACCAUGCCAGCGGUUACGCAGGCCCGGUGGCUCCCCAGUCGCAACGUGGCAAAAUCGAAAGGGGUCCAUCGAAUCUCGAACUUGAGCAAUCGCGGUAUACGAAUACAUCGACUCCAGCAAAUCCGAUGUAUGAUCCACGAACCCAAACACAUCCAAAUGCAACCUUCACGAGACAGCAGUCGUUCAACUCCCACCACCAUUAUCCAUCUCAAACCCAAGAACUCAGUCAGCCUGAACCCAGCCCUGA